AUCACCAGCACAGCGGAGUCAGAGGCAGUCACUACCCAGAAGCUAGUGAAGGGACACGCGUACUCGGUCACCAGGACAGAGGAGGUGAACUUCCGAGGAACCAUGCAGAAGCUGAUCAGAAUCCGAAAUCCCUGACGGGAAGUGGAGUGGACUGGGAAAUGGAAUGACAACUGCCCAAACUGGAGUGGUGUUGACCCUGAGGUGAGGGAGCAGCUGACCAGGAGGCAUGAAGAUGGGGAGUUUUGGAUGGCGUUCAACGACUUCUUGAGGCAUUAUUCCCGCCUGGAGAUCUGCAACCUGACUCCAGACACCCUGGCAAGUGACAAGUACAAGAAGUGGAGCCUGAUGAAGCUGGAUGGGAACUGGAGGCGAGGAGCCACUGCAGGGAGCUGCAGGAAUUACCCAAACACUUUCUGGACAAAUCCACAGUAUUUAAUCAAGCUGGAGGAAGAAGAUGAGGACCUCGAUGAUCCUGAGGGGGGAUGUACUUUCCUCAUUGGCCUCAUUCAGAAGCACCGGCGGAGGCAGAGGAAGAUGGGAAAGGACAUGCACACCAUCGGCUUUGCGAUUUAUGAGGUGCCCCCAGAGUUUUCAGGCCAGACAAAUAUUCAUCUGAGCAAAAACUUCUUCCUGACCAACAAAGCAAGAGAAAAAUCAAACACUUCUAUCAAUCUCUGAGAAGUGCUGAACCCUGCAGGAGAAUAUAUUGCUGUGCCCUCGACCUUUGAACCCAAGAAUGGGGAUUUCUGCCUGCGAGUCUUCUCAGAGAAGAAUGCCAACUCCACGGUGAUAGAUGAUGAAAUUGAGGCCAAUUUUGAAGACACAGAGAUCAGUGAAGAUGACAUCGAACCCAGCUUUAAAAAGCUUUUCGGACAGCUAGCAGGGAGUGAUGCAGAGAUCUCGGCGUUUGAACGGCGCAACAUCUUGAAUAAGAUCAUAGCAAAACGCCAAGAUAUUAAAUCUGAUGGCUUCAGUAUUGAGACAUGCGAAAUAAUGGUUGACCUGUUAGAUAAAGACGGGAGUGGCAAACUGGGACUGAAGGAGUUCCACACUCUCUGGAUGAAGAUUCAGAGAUACCAGAAAAUUUACAGAGAAAUUGAUGUGGAUCGAUCUGGUACCAUGAAUUCAUAUGAGAUGAGGAGAGCACUAGAAACAGCAGGGUUCAAAGUGAACUGCCAGUUACAUCAAAUCAUCGUGGCUCAUUUUGCUGAUGAAGACCUCAUCAUUGACUUUGAUAACUUUGUCUGGUGUUUGAUUCAGCUGGAAACAUUGUUCAAAAUGUUUAGAAAGCUGGACACCGAGAAAACUAGAACUAUAGAAUUGAACCUUGUUAAUUGGCUGUGCUUUACUGUCAUUUGA